CGACACGCCAACCGCCCCGUGACGGGUUGGUUGUGCGCCGGAAGUGGCUUGGAGUGCUGAGCUGGUCAGCCGAACCGGUGCUUUGAUCCGCCUCCUCGGGGGGAAGGAGAAGGGAAAGGGAAAGGGAAGGGAGGAAACGGGGAAAGGAAGACGAAGAAGGCAGCCGGCCUCGGAAACUGAGGUGAAACCAUGGCGCAGCCGAAGGGAGGCAAAGUUGGAACGAAAGGGAAGAAGCAGAUUUUCGAAGAGAACAAGGAGACCCUAACAUUCUACUUGCGAAUUAUUCUGGGAGCGAACGCUAUUUACGGCACAGUGAACCUCUUCCUGUUCUACAGCUCAGUCACGUUCUGGACCUGGGGAUUCUUGGCUUUUGCCUUUGUUGUCUAUAGUUUAAGCUACCGUUGGAUGCAGGGAAUGGCACAGCCUGUGUUCUCUGAGGAACGUGUCCUACUCGAUGGAGGCAUUGACCUGAACAUGGAGCAGGGUAUGGCAGAGCAUCUGAAGGAUGUGAUCUUACUCACUGCUAUCUUGCAGGUCCUCAGCUGUAUAUCCAUGUACUUCUGGUAUCUGUGGCUCCUGGCACCAGGGAGGGCUCUCUACUUGCUGUGGGUGAACAUCCUGGGACCUUGGUUUACCGCAGAGCCUCCCGGUAAUCCGGAGAUAUCUGAAAAGAAGCACAGGCGGCAGGAGCGCCGACAGAUGAGAAAGCAGCAGUAGAACGAGCUGCUUCCAGACCUUUGUUUACCGAUCGAUUCCUCGGAGCCGUGCGCUGAGAACGUAGCCAUUGCCCCACCUCCCUCGCCAAGGUUUCCCAGCUACCUCAGGCCUCUCGUGAAGAGGCCUACCUGUGCUGAGGGAACGCACUAGCUGUUUCUCAAUGGUCAGCUCCCCACCCCCCGUACGUCCUGUUGCCAUGUAAUUAUUCCAAGGCUUUAAAAAAAAAUGAGCCGUUGCUGGCCAUUCUCCUCCGCGCGUCUGCACCUCAGGUUGAUUCAUGCUCGGCUGCUUGUUAGCUUUAGGUGUCAUCUUCCUCCACCCCUACAGGACAGCACCACUGAGCCAAGUGGGUGGGGUAAUGUACUGAAAUCUUUGUGGAACCAAACCGGCUUAGCGAUGCCUCACUACCUCAGCUUUUGAGUUUGCGUGUCCAUGUUUGUUCCGAGCGGCAGCUUUCUUUGGAGACCAGUUCUUCAGAUGUCGGCCAUUUUUUGCCAUGGUGCUGGUGGGUGACCCUCAGCAGUGAUUCCCAGCUAAUCAAGAGGGAGAGAGUAGAUCGUGCCCUGCCCUGCCCUGGCUCUCGUGGACCUACCACCACAGGGUCCUGAGUGUAGGGCCACUGCAGCCGUUCUGGGGCGUUUUGUGUCGCUAUCCCAUCUGGGCUAUAGACUGGGCACAAGGGAUCAGAGCUUUCAGUUCCAGUGACUGGGAAUUUUAGUUAGGAACAGCUCGAGAAAUCCCCUUGUGUCUCAGCAUGUUUGUUGAAACGAGCGAGGGGGAGUUAUUAUUCCCAGGGAUGUUGGGCAAGGGUUGGCCAACCAGAGGGAGGGAUAGAACAAGCCUGUCUUUGCCCACUGCCUGAUCCAUCCCUCCACAUCUCCAGCUCCCUCCUCACUGAGUGGAACAUUGGAAUGGAUGGGAGUUAAUUUAGCCCCUUAUCUGUUCCAAUCAGUGAGAUCAUGGCUCAUCUAUAUCACAACUCCACCGACUUGCCUUCGCUCUGUAUCACCUGUUCCCCUAAGUGAGCAAUAAUCUGUUGAGUUCAGAUUUAAAAAUUAAGCUAGAUUCUACUUUGGAGAGAGGAAGGCCAGUAUUUUUCUCUUCUGAAUAGCCUGUCUGAUUUAUUUUUUCAGAUGAUCUCCCCUUAUUCUAGACUUGCAGUGGAAAAAUUCUUCCUUUCCCUCUCUUGCACUGUUUCCUACUCUACCUGUCCCCUCAGAAAAACCCAUCCUAUUCCAAGGUGUAUACAUGGGGAAUAUUUUAAUAAAAUGGAGCUGGGCUACACUGGCAAGUGUGCUCCUACCACCCAGGGUCAGUCUUUAGAUGUUUUUACCAUUUUUAAUGAGCUGUCGUUUUCACCGUUGCUCUGUCAGAUGUGGCUGUCAGUAUUCUACUGUCCUUCUUGCCGAGAAGAUCGUGAGUUCACUCAACACUGAGGCCUUGAGCAGAGGGUGACGUUCCAGUGCAGUACUGAAGGGGUGCUGCAUUGCUAGCAGCAGUAUCUUCUGCGAUGAGACAUAAGAACAAGGCUCCAUCUGACUUUCUCUGCAGUUGACAGAAUCCCGUGGCACUUAGAGUUCUCCAGGUCGAUAUUUAUACCUCAACCAACAUCACAGAAACAGAUUACCUGGUCAUCCUCUCGUUGCUGUUUGCUAGUGAGCCCCCGCUGUACAUAAAUGGGCUGCUGUAUCUCCCUACGUUGUGACAGCAACUGCUCUGCAAAUGUCUUUCACAUAGUAAAGCUCAUGGGGAUGUCCUGCAGAUGUGAAGAGUGCAAUAUAAGUGUGUGUCCGACUUUUCCUCGUGCGAAUGAGCUCCUAUCCAGCAAGUUGAGUCUUAAUAUCUCUGCGACGUAUUCCGAAUCAGUGACAAAAUGCUACUCGAAGUGGCCAAGGAAGGUCGUCUUUGUGCAUCAGGCUGCGGGGGCGGGGAGGGACCUGCAGGGUUUUACACUUAGACUAUGCACAGGGGAGAACGCUGUGGCAGCAGGCUUACCCCCAAGGACCAAACGAUUUCACAUCUUAAUGUAUCAGUGUCUUAACUCAUUGCCUGCAGGAAGGUGAGGGCGGGGUAUUGAAUAAUGGGCAAGUGCACGAUGGCCUACACAGAUCAACAGUCAAGGCUGAACGACUUCGAUCUUCUCCACUUACUGUAUUGACUCAGCGACAAAUAACUGUAUUUAAAAUUUUAUUAAACUAUAAGAAACAAUCAGUUUACACAAUAUCAAAUGCAUAUUGAAUAAAUAUUGUACGAUA